GUAGGCCUUGUGUCAGCGUAGUGAGCGCAGACGGUAUUCCAAACGCAGCGCGUUCGUUAUUCACGCGGAAUUGGAGAAAGAGAGAGAGAAAGAGAGAGAGAGGGAGAGAAAGGAAGGCAAAGAAGAGGCGUGCUCUUACGUACGCGUGGGCCUAUACUAAACAUCGAUAUACUAUAUCCUUAUACACAUACUCCUCCGUUCGCGAGUUGAAGCGCGAUCAUACGCGGCGUUAUCGUGUACAGCACGCGCUCGGCUGGGAUUCGGCACCGAGCGGCUGGACGAAACGUGCGAGGCACGAGACGAGAGGCGCGGCUGUGUGUACAUAUAUACAGAUACACACAACCUUUGGUGCGAUAAAGACAACCGAUAGGGAAACACGAACGAACGCCACUCUCGUUUUCCGUCACUUCUCUUUCUUUCCUUUCCACGAUCAUUCGUAGUUGCUACGUUCUCCCUCCCCUCGUUCUCGGUUUCUUUCGUCGUCUCUGUUGCUCGCUUUCCUGCCUGCCUGUCUCUCUAUUCCCUUGUGGUGUGUUGUCAGUGGUACACAGUCAUAGCACGGCCGGCAGAAGCCAGUAAUAUCGCACCGGCGAAUGGAGAACGGAUUCGCUAAUCGUCGUAAACGAAAGUGCGGGUGUUUCGUUGUUAACCAACAUCCCCGGCUAAUUUAUCGCGCGGUUCGUGUUCAAAGAGAAUAAAACGGUGCGCGGAUUGAGCAACUUAAGAGUGUGAAAAGAAAGUUGUGUAUUCCUCUUUUGGUGUUUUUUUUUUCGUGGUGGUAAAAUAAAGAGAAAUGGAGCGGUUCAGAGUCACACCGGCCAAUAAUACGUCGCAAUACGCACCGCAGCAACAACAAUCGCUGGACUAUGAUCCGCCUCUGAACGGCACCCAAUUGGAACAUCAACAUCUCGUUCCUAAAUCCACCAGCGAAUGCGAUGGCGGCGGCGCUGGUGGAGAUGGCGACUCCAUGGUGGGCGGCGGUAAUUCCGAGAAGAAGAAUACGGAAUACGAGACGAAUCUCUUCCUCUAUAGCGAAGAGAUGGAAGUUCGUCCUCGAAUUUCCACGCUACUCAACAGCCUGUCGGACUACAGCAACACGAUUCCAGCUGCGACCGACCCGGAUGCGAAACCUCCACCCGUGCAAGGUGGUGCACGAAUGGGCACUUUGAUCGGUGUCUUCCUACCUUGCAUCCAAAACAUCUUUGGUGUGAUUCUAUUCAUUCGUUUGACCUGGGUCGUUGGCACCGCUGGCGCUUUUCAGGGUUUCUUCAUCGUGUUAUGUUGUUGUUGCGUGACGAUGCUGACAGCUAUCAGUAUGAGUGCUAUCGCGACUAAUGGCGUCGUACCAGCUGGAGGGUCUUACUUCAUGAUAUCCAGAAGUUUGGGUCCAGAAUUCGGUGGUGCCGUAGGAAUGCUCUUUUACACGGGUACUACUCUAGCUGCUGCUAUGUAUAUCAUCGGUGCUGUUGAAAUUGUCCUGACUUACAUGGCGCCAUCGCUUAGUAUAUUUGGAGACUUUACAAAAGACCCUAACAUCAUGUAUAAUAACUUUCGCGUAUACGGUACUGGAUUGCUUAUGGUAAUGGGCACCAUCGUAUUCAUUGGCGUGAAAUUCGUCAACAAGUUUGCAACGGUCGCCCUAGCUUGUGUCAUCCUUUCUAUCGUGGCUGUUUACGUAGGGUUAUUCUAUAACUUUAAUGGCAACGAAUCUCUCAAGAUGUGUGUUCUCGGAAAGAGGUUGUUAAAAGACAUCAACGUACUUACCGAAUGUAAUAAGAAUACUAGUGGAAUUCUUCAUCAACUCUACUGUGGAAACACUAGCACUAGCAAAUGUGAUCCUUAUUAUAUGGAAAACGAUGUGACUAUUAUAAAUGGAAUUCGUGGAUUGGCCAGUGGUGUAUUUUUAGACAAUAUAUGGGACAGCUUUCAAGAAGAAGGCCAACUGAUUGCCUAUGGAAGAGAUCCCAAGGAUAUUGACAUGAUGUCCAAUUCUUCCUUCAAUCAAAUUCAAGUUGAUCUUACCACUACCUUCACCAUUCUUAUUGGUAUUUUCUUCCCUUCAGUCACAGGAAUCAUGGCUGGCUCCAAUAGAUCAGGUGACUUAGCAGAUGCCCAGAAAUCUAUUCCUAUUGGUACCAUUUGUGCCAUUUUGACAACCUCAACAGUAUAUCUCUCCAGUGUUUUACUCUUUGCUGGUACAGUGGACAAUCUUCUGCUUCGAGAUAAGUUUGGUCAAAGUAUUGGUGGCAAAUUGGUAGUAGCGAAUAUGGCUUGGCCCAAUCAAUGGGUCAUCUUGAUUGGUUCUUUCCUGUCCACUCUUGGUGCUGGACUUCAGUCUUUAACAGGCGCUCCACGAUUACUCCAAGCUAUAGCUAAGGACAGUAUCAUUCCUUUCUUAACUCCAUUCGCCACCAGUUCGAGUCGAGGAGAACCUACAAGGGCUCUAGUAUUGACAGUAAUCAUCUGCCAAUGUGGCAUUCUUCUUGGCAAUGUUGACUAUCUGGCUCCUUUGUUAUCAAUGUUCUUUCUCAUGUGCUAUGGCUUUGUAAACCUGGCUUGUGCUCUGCAAACUCUUCUCAGAACACCUAACUGGCGACCAAGAUUUAAAUACUAUCAUUGGAGCCUUUCUUUUCUCGGUCUGUCCCUCUGCAUUGCCAUCAUGUUCAUGACAAGCUGGUACUAUGCUUUAUUAGCCAUGGGAAUGGCUGGCUGUAUUUACAAAUACAUUGAAUACCGUGGUGCUGAAAAAGAAUGGGGUGAUGGUAUUCGUGGUUUGGCUCUAUCAGCCGCUCGUUACUCUCUUUUGAGACUGGAGGAAGGACCACCUCAUACAAAGAACUGGCGACCACAAAUUCUCAUUUUGGCUAAGCUGACAGACGAUCUGGUACCUAAAUAUCGCAAAUUAUUCGCAUUUGCUAGUCAAUUGAAGGCUGGAAAAGGUUUAACAAUCUGUGUCAGCUGCAUCGGUGGUGAUUACAUUCAGAACACUGGCAAAACUUUGGCCGCAAAAGUGAAUUUGCGCAAGACGAUCGCAGAGGAAAAAGUGAAAGGAUUCGUAGAUGUCUUAGUAGCUAAGGAUGUCGUCGAUGGUCUCUGUUCUUUGAUUCAAACAACCGGAUUAGGCGGCAUGAAGCCUAACACUGUGAUUCUUGGCUGGCCCUAUAGCUGGAAACAAUCACAAGAGGAAAGAAAUUGGAGAGGAUUCUUGCAGACUGUCAGAGCAGUUGCCGCAGCCAGGAUGGCUCUUUUGGUACCUAAAGGAAUUAACUUCUUCCCUGAUUCAACGGAAAAAGUUGUGGGAAAUAUCGAUGUCUGGUGGAUUGUGCACGAUGGCGGUCUUCUGAUGUUAUUGCCAUUCUUGCUGAAGCAACAUCGCACAUGGAAGAAUUGCAAAAUGAGAAUCUUCACAGUUGCCCAGAUGGAGGAUAAUUCUAUUCAGAUGAAGAAGGAUUUGAAGAAAUUCCUGUAUGACCUGAGAAUCGAAGCUGAAGUGGAGAUUGUGGAAAUGAUGGAUUCAGACAUAUCCGCGUAUACUUAUGAGCGAACUUUGAUGAUGGAGCAGAGGAACCAGAUGUUGAGAGAGCUGCGACUGAACAAAAAGGAAUCCCUAGGAGUGGUGCAGUCAUUGGUGGACUUCAACGAGGUACCCGCUGAAGAAAAUUUACCUCUGGUGCAGGCGAUUGUGGACCAUCAUCACAACGUGGACGUGAAGGUGGCCACCAAGGUGAGAUUCCAGGAGCCUGGAAGCCAGAAUCCUAACGCGGUUGACGAGGCGCAAGAGAAAUUGGUACAGGAGACGGAAGGCAAAGAGGGAGAGGCAGAUGUUAAUGACGCUGGAGAAGAAGCUAAAGAGGGUAAUGAGGAGGAAACGAAAUUGAUUGGUGGGUCGCCGAAACAGGAGAAUAAGGAGAAUACGGAGAAGGAAGCGAAAGAGAACGAGGAGAAGAAAACUGAUAGUCCAGAGUCUAAGAAACCUACGAUAACACCGGAUGAAGGUAACGUAAGACGUAUGCACACUUCCAUCAAGUUGAACGAAGUGAUCGUGAAGAAGAGCAAAAAUGCUCAGUUAGUCAUACUCAAUCUACCUGGACCACCAAGAGACACCAAAUUAGAACGUGAAUCAAAUUAUAUGGAAUUUUUAGAAGUUCUCACCGAGGGUCUUGAGAGGGUGCUGAUGGUACGUGGAGGCGGACGGGAGGUGAUCACCAUCUAUUCGUGAACUAGACCUGCUGUAAAUGAAUUAAUCGCCUCGCGACAGCGGAAAUCUAGUUUACUUUUGAAAGACCUAAACGACUUCACCCUACGAAACACGUUGCUCUUGUGCCAUUGUCUGAGCAGUCACUUGCGUUGCGCGUUGUGAACACAUAUUCAUACACAUACACACACAGUACAACCGGUUACCGGAAGAAGAGUACCGAAUGACGAUCAACGACGCUAUUUUAUCGCGGAUAAAAUUGGGGUGCCAAUGAGUGCCCGGAUCGAGAAUAUUAGUUAAAAGAAUAAAGAAGAGGAAAAAAAGCUGACUCUGGACGAGAAGGCCAAAAGUGACAUGCCAAAGGAUAAAAUGAUUUUCCUUCGAAUGAAUUUCACGCGUAAACUAGGAUACAUAGGAUCUAUCUUAUUUUACUCGUCCCUUUCCUCGAUGAGGCUAGAGACUAUAAAAAAAAAAUAUUUAAAAAAGUGGUUUUUAUUCGUGUCACACGUGUUACACGUGCGACAGACAGUUAGCACAGAGGACUGCACACAGAGCAUACUUCGACCUUGUCAUUAUAUAAUCGGAUUCUCAAAAAAAUAGUGUUUGAAAACUAAAGAAAAGAAACAGAAUUAUAUCGCAGAGAUAGAGUUUCGAUCUGGGAUUAACGAAAUCCAAGAAAAAAGAAUCGAAAGAGAAAUACAAAAUGUCGAAUCAAACAAAAGAUUGAUAUGUCCUGAGAAUAAAAAGAGAAAGAGAGAGAGAGAGAGAGAGAGAGAAAGAAAUUCAUUAAGAUUCCGACGAUUGUAUUCCAAUUUGAAACUGAAAUCAAAAUUUUUGGUCCGAGGCUAAGAUCGAAGCAUCUACGAAAACCACUGCCAGAAUACUUUCUAAAUGCUUCGCGUUUAACCAAAGACGCGAGAGGCUCAUUUUUCUACAUACAUUAUCGUUAUAGAGAGUAUAAUAGGUAUGUAUAAUUCUAUUGCUUAUAGGUGAACUUAGGGUAGCCUAGGAUAGCGCGGUGAAGUACGCCGACGAAUGAAGACGCAUACGUGUACACGGUUGAAUCGUGCGCGCUUUUUUUGCGUCUACGUGGCGGAAGUUAGGGCGAACGUUGGCAGCGUUGAACGGUUUUAUGCGGACGCAGCAUUGAAAA